GGGGGCUGGUGUAAAAUUACAUUCAGCUAUCCUUGUCACCACGGACAGAUUUUCCUAACAACACUCCUGGACCAAAACGUACGCUUUACAGGAAACCAAGGAAUUCAAGUAAUCCAUGCUCCUUCGAGGCCAGAAAGAGUACAACACACUCCCCCUCGGUUCGGGCAGCUAGCCUGACGUGCUGCUGUCACUCCUUGAAAUAAAUUUCCAGUCCUCCUAGGCCAGCAUUCACACGGCAGGCAUAGCUUGAAAGGGGGACGGAGAAGGGAGAACGGGGCAUUCACUGCGCAGCAAUCUGCUUGGGGGAAAGAAAAUCCCGUAAAUUGUGAACAAGUUCAACCUACAUACUGCCUCUAUAUAUUGUGACCAUGACGGGACAUCUGGCUGGGGGCUUCACAUGGCAUUUGUUUCCAUUUCUUUAGCUGUCCUUUUGGAAGUAAAUUAAAAAAAGUUGCGUUAUGGGUCGAAAAUAGUGCACUUCCCAGUAUUGAUUAGAAACUUUCGACCCUACAUAGUUUGUAAAGAAGCACAACUUUCUUUUAAACUAGGAGAUAGAACUCAUCAACUGACGCAUCGACCAGUAAAGUAAAUAAAAUGGCUACGGGUGGCAUUACGACGUUACCCCCUGUUUCUGAAGAUGGGAGUAACCCCUUCCCUCCUGGAAACUUCAAGGAUCCAAAAAAACUGUACUGUAAAAACGGAGGUUAUUUUUUAAGGAUAAACUCUGACGGCAGCGUGGAUGGAGUAAGGGACAAAAACGACCCACACAGAGACCAAAGGCCAGGCAUAAUACCAGGACUUUCACCUUUACCCUCAUGGCCUGGCAGACGCCCUACUCUUUCGAUGUCAGGAUGUCAGUGGUAGUCAGAUGGAGCCAUCUUCAUUUUUUUCUUUCUGCAGUCAAGUUAAUGUCUUAUACUCAGUAGCUUCACUGUCACUCUGUCAGCUCAGAAUUCUUAUCUUUUUUAAAGAUGUCAGUACAGAAGGUUAUUGAGUGCCUAAGAUGUGUAGGAAGCAGAUUACACACAGAGAUUUUCAUUUUAUUUGUCUGUUUUAGCACAUGGACAUUGAGAUCUUGUGGUUGGCCUAGACAUGCUGUAUUAUCUGCCAGUCCCACUUCUGACUUCUUAAAAUCAGAAGCGUAGCUGGGGUGGUGAAGGGGGCAGCUAUACCUGUCUCAAAUUGAUAGGGGGUGCAAUCAACAGAUCCCAAUCAGUCUUCAGUGUAUACUAACAUUUAAAUGCUGCUGUUGCAUUUGUGGUCAGAAUUGAAGCUCAAAGGCAAGGCCCCAACAAUGGAAAACCACUCUCCUCAGCCUCAACAGGCAAAUAAGACAACAUGUCAAAUCCUCUAAGGGCUACUUUGAGAAAAAAAUAGCAAGCACAGCCAAAGAUAACCAUAAGGCCAUUUACAGCUACGUAUGUAGCCUAAAAGAUAGGACCCUAGCAUGUGCAGAACUAGUGACUAAUAGUAUCACACACACUGACCCCACAGAGAUAGCAAACCUGCUAGCAGAUAGGUUUGUUUUAGAUUUCACUCCCUUAUCCCCUCCAAACUUAUUACAAACCUUCCCCCAAACUCCCCCCAAUCCUUCAUAUCUGAACAGCAGGUCAUUAAAGCCCUGUCCAAGGCAAAAAACACAGUGCCUAUGGGACUGGAUGGCAUCCCAUGCUGUCUUC